ACAAAUGGAAGGGAGCGUUAUUAUAAUUUGUUUCCUGAGAAACAGAGAGAAAAAGUGAAGUGUGUGUUUGCUUGAAUGGUCUUUGAAAAGAUAGACUUUUUGUUUUUUCAGUCUUUAACACACAAACCCAACUCCAAAGCAAUCCUCUGAAACUCCCAACCCCAACAAACACAGACCUUUCAACAAACCCAAAUAAAAACCCAUUUCCAAUUUCCAAUUUUUCUUUGUCUCCCAUUCUCUCUCUCUCUCUCUCUUCAGCAACCUCGACUGUGAGAGAGAGAUGGCCGCGGCGGUGGUGGCGACGGCAGGGAAUGGAAUUGGAGUAGAAGUGUGGAAGGCCCAUGCGGCCAUGGCCUUGGUGCAACUCUUCAAUGGCGGGUACCAUGUAAUUACCAAAGUAGCCCUCAAUGUUGGGAUCAAUCAAAUUGUUUUCUGCGUCUUCCGGGACCUCAUCGCCCUUUCUAUCCUCGCCCCCAUCGCCUAUUACAGGGAAAAACGAAUUCGACCACCAAUGAAUAAACGUCUCCUCUUGUCGUUCUUCUUUCUUGGGUUAACUGGGAUAUUCGGCAACCAGCUUUUGUUUCUUAUUGGUCUUGGCUACACAAACCCAACAUAUGCUGCUGCCAUACAACCUGCUAUUCCAGUUUUUACAUUCAUCCUGGCAAUGCUAAUGGGUACAGAAAAAGUGAACGUGCUCACGACUGAAGGUCAGGCAAAGGUUGGAGGUACAGUCGUAUGCGUUUCUGGUGCUGUGCUAAUGGUUCUCUAUCGUGGCCCAACGUUAUUAGGAAAUUCAGAGCUAGAAUUUUCAGCACAGAGUGAAAUUAUUGCUAGAAGUCAACCAGAACCUGCUGGAUGGUUAAUGUCGAAUUUUGCAGAGUACGGGCUGGAUGAUUUUCACCUUGGAGUGUUAUGCUUAAUAGGGAAUUGUAUAUGCAUGGCUGCUUUUCUGGCCAUUCAGGCUCCAGUUUUAAAAAGGUAUCCUGCAAACAUAUCAGUCAUUGCAUAUUCAUACUUCUUUGGUGCCAUAUUGAUGGUAGUGACAGCAUUCUUUAUGACCAAUGAAACAACGGAGUGGAGUUUAACACAGUCUGAGGUGUUUGCUGUCAUUUAUGCUGGAAUUAUUGCAUCUGCACUUAAUUAUGGACUCCUAACAUGGUGCAAUAAGAUCAUGGGCCCUGCUUUGGUUGCCCUCUAUAAUCCACUUCAGCCUGCUGCAUCUGCCUUAUUAUCAAGAAUCUUCCUGGGAAGUCCUAUCUAUUUGGGAAGUGUUUUCGGGGGAUUUCUAAUUAUUGCCGGUCUUUAUGUGGUCACUUGGGCAUCUUAUAAAGAAAAGAAAGAAGCUUUGGUAACCAUACCUAAUGUUAGUCGAAGCUCCGAACCUCUCAUCCACAGAGAUUUGACAAUUAAUAAGUUGAGAGGACACCUUUUCCCAGGAUCCGCCAACACUGUACCAAAAUCUUCAGAUUAAUCAACCUCAUGGACGGUUCAGAUGUAAAGUUACCUUUAAAUUUUGGCUUGCUAUUGUAAGUUAGCAACAUAGAUGAGAUUACUAUUAUCUCUUUUUGUGGCUUGUCAAUUUAUAUGAUGUUCUCUCUGCCAAGUAAAUGUAGGAAAUGCUAUUGGUUAUUUUUUCUCUCAGCUGAAGAGCUUAUGUUGAUUCUUGAGCACGGUCACUUCAUACAAAAAAAUGUUCGAUGGAAGCUACGGAUCCAGGUAUUUACCCCUUACAUAAGCCACAUAAUGAAAGAGGGGAAAAGCAAUGGGUGAUGACCAAAUUUUCAUUAUGUAAUCAGAGUUACAUCUAUCAAUAUUAUUAUUAUCUUAUACACA